AAGCUAGAAUACCAGGAACAGAAAGCUCAACAAGUGAAAGAGAGGCUACAUUGUGAGCAGCAGAAUUUGCACCAGCGCUUAGAAGAAUUGCAAGCCCAUCUGAAUAUGGAACGGGCAGAAGCAGAUAGCCUGGAUUCAUCUCGGUUUUCCUCUGAGCAUUCUGACUCAGAAAAUGAAGUGGACGUAGAAGGCCUGGCAUAUGCUAGCAUUGGAGAUGUCGUGACUGCUUUCAGUACUCAGCAGGAGCACAGCUAUUCCAAUAUCAGCAACUUCUGGUUAUGGACAGAAGUUCAGUUAGGAGGACAGCAUUCAUCUAGACAGGCUUCAAACUUUUCAGAAAUUACUUCGUGGCAGGGUAACUGAUACAUAGUUAUAAGACUGUUUUCUGUAAGUAAAGAAGAACCCCUCCUUUCUUAACAAAAAAGACUAUGCACCACCUCAUCAAAUCAAGUCUUGCAUCUCCACCUUCUUCACAACACCAACUAGGACAAUUGUUAGAAGCUGACUAUACAUAACAUAUGCAUCUUACAUGUCAUCCUAGUUAAGGUUUGUGGAACAGGCAAGUCCAUUCUGCAGAGACUUGGGCUGGUGAGGAACCCUAGGUAUUUUAAACAAAAUAUAAACUUAGCUCUUAUCUACAGGGAGGAUUUAAAAAAUCCAUAUCAUAACAGGUAAAUGCUGUGCUCAGGGUUUUUUUUAAAUAUGAAAUAUGCUGUUGUUGAAUGGACUAAUAGUAAAAUUUUGCUUCAAGAGAC